AUGUAAUAAAAAUUUAAGUCAAACCUUAAAAAUAUCAUUACCGAAUGUGAAUAACUCAAGGAUUAAAAUGCUAGCUUCAAUUUGGAAAUAUCCAACUUUACCACCAAAUAUCGCAUGAGAUUUAGCAACAUUAUAAAAAGGGCUUCGACAGAAGAAAAUAAGAAGUUGCAAGAAGAAAAGUCAUUAAAAAUGAAUAUCAAACUCCAUAAUUACCUUUGUAAACAAAUCAUUGAUUCAACUCAGUAUAAUCUAUAGAGGCCCAAUAGAAAGGCCCAAAAGUAUAAGUUAUAAGAAGAAACCUUUUUCGAUCGCAAUCCUGUUUUGUAUCUCAAAUAACAAUUAUAAUAAGAUAAAUAAAGGAGUCUUAAAUUAUCAAUUUAAGCUCGACAUUUUUCUAUUCAAUAACAAAAAUUUGUAUAAAAGUUAGAAAACUAUAAAGACUUCAUUGGCUUAAAAUGA